AUGCCCUCGCUGUUGGAGGCGCUCGAGCGCAAAUAUGGCGCGAAGGGCGAAGUGAACCCGUCAAUAGACGAUAUGCCGGUGGCCAUCUUUGUGCCGAAGCGUUCCCCAAGGCUCAGCGUGCCCACACUGUUGGUGCUUAACGAUUGCGACAUCGACUGCGCCGGUGACGCCUGCGCUUUGGCAGACAAAUGCGCGGACGUGGUCGAACUGGACCUGGCCAACAAUAAGCUCACCGAAUGGCAGGAGGUCUUUGCAAUAUUAGAACAGACCCCGCACGUCCGCUUCUUAAACUUGAGCUUCAACCGGCUCACGGCGCAAAUCCAGGCGGCCCAAGCGCUCCAGCCCAAGUGGGACAGCCUCAGCCAUCUUGUGCUAAACUCCACCUACGUGGGCUGGCCCAGCGUCCUCGGUCUACUGAAGGCUCUGCCGGCUCUCGAGGAGCUGCACUUGAGCCUGAACGAGUACUCGUACGUGGACCUGAGCGGGAAGGAGACCAAUGAGAAGGAACGCUGCGAAGCCUGUUCGCGGCUCAACGUCGACACCACCGAGCCGGUGCACGAGCAACUGAAGAAGUUGCACUUCUCCGGGAACCCGGUCAGCAGCUGGCGGGAGAUAUCGAAACUGGGCUACGCCUUCCCGAACCUGGAGACCCUCUUGGUCAACGAGUGCCCCAUAAAGACCCUGGAGCCGGACCCGUGCGAGAAAUGCGGCGACAACAACGGCAAUAAGAAAAGCCACGAUGCCUUCACUCAUCUGCGUUUCCUCAACCUCAACAAUACCGGGUUGGCAACGUGGGACGAGGUCGAUCGGCUGGCAUCGUUUCCCGCUCUGAGAAGUUUGAGAGUCCAAGGCUGGCCCCUGUGGGAGCGUUUCGAGUCGACGGAGCACGAGAGGCGGCUGCUGUUAGUUGCGAGGCUGCCUCGGGUGCGAACCCUGAACGGCGGCGGCGCGGUGCCUGCAGACGAGCGCGACUCUGCCGAGCGGGCCUUCAUACGAUACUACAUGGAGAAGCCCGAAGCAGACCGCCCAGACAGAUACUGGGAGCUGGUCGGCGUCCACGGAAAACUGGACCCUCUGGUGUCCGUAGACCUGCGGCCCGAGAAGCGAGUCCAGAUCACCUUCACUUGCGGCGACACUAGCGAAGUGCGCACCGUUGAUGUUUACAGGACCGUAUCAGAUUUGAAGACGCGAUUGGAGAGACUCGCGGGAUUCCCGGCCUCAAAGAUGAGGCUCUUUUAUGUCGACCAGGAGCUUAGGGACACACAGUUUUUCCAGGGCCCGGAGGAGAUGAAAUAUCCCACGAAGCAGCUGUACUCAUACAACAUAAGAUCUGGUGACGAGAUCAUCAUUGACUCCAAGUUGAAACACACCAUCAGCUCGACUGCA